CGCCGGCGGCGGAAACCCCCGAUCUGCCUCCCCUUCGCCUUCCUUACCUCGCGGGCAGCUACCGGCGCGCCGCGGCAAGCCAGCCAGACCGUCACUGCUUGAGGCGUUCUGACGGAUUCACGAGGAUGCCGAAGGAUACGGGUGAUGCCAAGCUCCUGAUCCAGUCCCUGAACAAGGCCUAUGCCGCCACGCCCGCAAAUCUCAAGAUCAUUGAUCUGUAUGUUGUUUUCGCCAUAGUGACUGCCCUUGUUCAGGUUGCUUACAUGGGAGUAGUUGGGUCAUUUCCCUUCAACUCGUUCCUCUCAGGUGUCCUGUCAUGCAUAGGAACUGCAGUGCUUGCUGUGUGCCUCCGUAUUCAAGUCAACAAGGACAACAAGGAAUUCAAGGAUCUUCCUCCAGAAAGGGCCUUUGCAGAUUUUGUCCUGUGCAAUCUGGUGCUCCACCUGGUGAUCAUGAACUUCCUCGGAUAAGCCACUGUCCUACGAGUUUCUGAGAUUUUGUAGUGUCCGUCCUAAUGUUUGAGACUGUCAUCAUGUUAGAUAUUCAUGUGGUAUCACACAACUGUCGGCGUGAUCCGAGAGUUUCUCUGUGAGCUAUAAUAAUUUUGUGGAUUUAGUAUUAACAAUGUAUGAAAAUGAGAACUUAAUUUCUUUUGAGGGGGUGAAACUGGCAAGAUCACUUCAAUAUGAUCAUUGUUCUUUACUA